AUGUUGGACUCGAGACAGGAAGUCAAGCAGGAUGUUCGACUGCAUGCCAGCUUCAUGCAUAGUGCUGUUGCGGACGCGGGAAGGGGGAAAGGCCAUCGGGAUUCCUCGCAUCGGCCCUUCGGUCCCAGCUCGGCGACGUUCUCCUACACCUCUCGCUGGGCAGGUCCAGUUGCGGUCUGCCUUCGGAGUUGUUUCUCGCCUGCGUCACUUGAGGUUUCUGCGCAGCUUGUGGAUGCGAUCCCACCAGCGCGGGUGGAUACACGCUCGAAACACGUGCCUGUCAUGGCGGACCGAGACCGCGACACGAGCACGCUCUUGGGCGCCGACAUCGAGAGCCACCACCUGGUGGAUGCAUCCGAGCGCGCAGAACUGGAGCGCAAGGCCUUCGACAUCGACGGCUUCGUCGGCAUCGAGCAUGACUUUGUCAGCUCGGACGACGAAGGCACGAUCACACGCGUCUUUUAUCGCUUCGGACCCCACCACACGAAGCCGUUCGACAUCAACCUUGCGAACCUCGCAGGAGAUCUGCCGGGCUUCCUGCGCAUGUUGCGCUGGCCCGCCGAAGGCGAGACCGAGUCGGACGCGCAGCGCCACCUCGACAUGCUGCAACGCUCGGGCGAUUACGCUGCCACCGCUAGGACGCCUCCCACCACGCCAAACACGCGCACGGAAGACUCUGCCGCGGUCAACAAGGUAGAAGACGACCAGUCUUGA